AUGCCGGGCAAAAAGCGGAACGUUGCCCAACCGCCAGGACCAGGGAGAGCGACGCGUUCUAGCGCACGAGUGAGGUCGCAGACUGGUAGCGGUGGUAAUAAUGGCGCAUCUUCAGCAUCAUCGUCGGCCGCGGUCCCACAUGUGUAUCGCCAAAUGGUCGCGGAGGCUAGGAGAGAGAUUAGAGCGCAGGAGCUGGAUGAUGAGGAGGAGCCUGAACGGCCGGUGAAGCGCAGACGGCCGGGGGAGGGACGGCCUGCGAGGAGGGCGGAAUCAUCGCAGAGAGGUGUUGCGGAAUCUGCUGCUCGCAGUCGUGUAGUGGGAGCAAGGCUAGGAGUUUCUGACGAUGGUGGUGAUGAUAGUGAUGCUGACGAGGGGGAAGGUGUGGACGUUAUGCUCCCACCACCUACGGUGCAAACUGUAACGAGGGAUUCGGAUGACGAGGAUGAUGAGGACGAGGAUGACGAAGAGGAUAUUGAGUUUGAAGAUGUUACGAUUGACAGGACCGGGUCUUCGUCGGUGCCGAAGAGCAAGCCCGGCCAAUCCACUGAACUCAAUCUGGACCUUUCGGCGCAACUGGCCACACAAACCGCUCUGCGGCAGAUCAACAGGCGCAAGGCUAUCAGUCGGGAAGAAAAAGCACGUCGCAUCGAGGUGCACAAGGUCCAUCUCGUGUGCUUAUUAGCGCACCUCGAGAUCCGGAAUCGGUGGUGCAACGACGAGCAGGUUCAAGAGGUGCUUCGGUCAUUGUUGCCGCAGAAGACGAUUGGAGCCUUGAUCCCUCGGGCGAGCCUGAAUCAGUUUGGGCGGUCCGAGUCGUUGAGAAAGGGCCUACAGGAGGCGAAAGACUUGUUCAAGUCCAGGUUCACCAUCACGGAGAGGGGGCUACGUAGGGCGUUGUGGGCGGAAGACGAGGAGCAGCUGAAGGAUUAUCAACCCCCCGAUGAUAUCGACUCCACGCUGGAGAAGAGUGAUUUCCUCGAGGCGGCCAAAACGUUGCGAGGCUCACGCGAUGUAGGCGCGCAAUUAUUCUGCGCCCUGCUUCGGUCCGUAGGGGUCGAGGCCCGUUUGGUCUGUUCGCUCCAACCCCUUUCUUGCUCACCGGGCGCGCCGACGAUGCCGAAGCCGAAAGCGCGCAAGACUCAGACGCCACAGAAGCAACCAUCUCGGGCUGAGAUCUAUGCAGCGGCACUUGCUAGGCAUGAAACCAGGUUUCCCGAAUUCCAAGCUGGUGCAACAACCCCAUCCCCCCGUCGGCGGCUCGGCCAUCCGAAUGCAGCUGCUCACAUCAUCCCAUCACUCACCCCGCCAGCGCAGUCGCCUUCCCCGAGACCUACGGCUCGUACUCACACCGGCAUACGGGGCGAAUCCCCCUUCCCUGUUUACUGGGUUGAAGUCCUCGACGCUGCCCACCAGAAAUGGCACCCGGUCGACCCCCUCGUGACAUCAACGCAAUGGAAGCCACGCGUUCUUGAACCCCCAGCCUCCGACAGCCUCAAUACCCUGACAUAUGUCAUCGCCUUCGAAGCCGACGCCAGUGCCCGUGAUGUCACCCGGCGCUAUGCCAAAGCCUACACCUCCAAGACCUGUAGACAACGUAUCGACAACCCAUCCUUACCACCUGCCGCCACGCCCAGCGGAGGUAUCACAGACGGCUCACGUUGGUAUCGCGCCCUGUUAGCACGCUAUACGCGGCGACGGCCUACAGAUCUCGAUCAAAUCGAACUCGUUGAACUCGCCGCUGCUGAGGCGCGUGAGCCGAUGCCACGCAAUGUGGCCGAUUUCAAAGACCAUCCCAUAUACGCCCUCGAGCGACACCUACGUCGUGGCGAAGUGCUCGCGCCGGGCGCUCAAACCAGCGGUACCGUUAGGGCGGGCGCGAAAGCCCCACUCGAGAGGAUAUACCGCCGGCGUGAUGUCCAUAUAGCCCGGACGAGGGAGCGAUGGUACCGCAUGGGCAGGGUAGUCAGGGAUGGCGAGGAGCCAGUAAAAAGCGUCCCAAAACGGCGAGUCCACGACAACGACGACGACAUCGACGACCCCGAUAAAGUCGGUCUAUUCGGCGACCUAGCCCACGGCAACACACCACUCUACACAGAAUCCCAAACCGACCUCUACACCGCGCCACCUGUCGUCGCAGGCCGCGUGCCCAAAAACAAAUUCGGCAACCUCGACCUGUACGUCCCCAGCAUGGUCCCGCGCGGCGGAGCGCACAUACGGCACGAUCGGGCCGCGCAAGCGGCGUUUACUGCGGGUGUUGAUUACGCGCCGGCGCUGACUGGGUUUGAGUUUCGCGGGCGGCAGGGCACGGCGGUGCUUAGCGGGGUGGUGGUUCCCGAGGAGUGUGCGGACGGGGUGUGGGCGGUGAUUAGGGGGUUGGAAGGGAUGGAGGAGGAGGAGGAGAGGGAGAGGAGGGCGAGGAGGGCAAUGAGGAUGUGGAGUUGGUUUUUGAAGGGGUUGAGGAUUCGGGAGAGGAUUUGGGCGGGUGUGGAUGAGGAGGGAGAGGAGGAGGAUUUGGGAGAGGGAGAAGAGGGGGUCGAGGGGCAUGAUGAGGACGAGCAGGCAAAAGACGAAGGGAAGGAUGCGGGUGAGGAUGAUGGUGUGGGAGGUGGGUUUUUCGUGCCGGAUGAAGACGACGACGAUGAUGAUGGGGGAGGCGGAGAAAACAUGAACAGCAAUAAACCACCAUCAACACCACCUCCAACACACCCACCAACUUUACACCUGCCCAUCAACUGGCCAGCCCACAUCCCAUACCUAACCCGCCCUUCCUACUCGCGAUACCUCACCCCGGCCCAUCUCCGGGCCCUCCGUACCCGGCCCGCGGCCAACUCGGCGGACCCGCUCCCGGUGAUACCGCGCAGUCUGAGGCCAGGUCCGUGUACGUCGGUUUGUAUUGUGCCGAUUACGGAUUUGGGACACCCUGCAAACGGUCAAGCCGGGCUUUUCGCGACACGGGAUUUGGCCCCGGGGGAAUUGAUACUGCCUUAUAUCGGUGAAGUUCACAUUGGGACGGCACCGUUUGGGCGUAUCUCUUCCCACGAGUCCGAUGUCAACCCUGACAAGGAUAAACACAACGACCAAGACAACAAGAACAACGACAACAACGAUGUUGAUGCCACCUCUGUUGUUGAAGACCAAGACGACCCCUACGACUACGCCACAUCAGACUACGACCUCUGGAUCGACCGCGAGUCCGACCUCGCCGUCGACGCAGCACGAGCAGGCAACGAAGCCCGCUUCAUCAACGACUACCGCGGUGUGCCGGGGCCGGAUCAACACGUCAACUCCAACUUCAAAACGAAAAAGCAGAAAAAAGAUGACCAGAGAACCAAAGCCAACGCCGAGUUCCGAACGGUAUGGGAUCCGCGCACAGGCGAAAGGGGAAUGGCGGUGUUUGUGUUGCCGGCUGGGAAGAAGGCGACGGGGAGAGCGAGGACGGUGGGGAUUACGAGGGGGGAAGAGGUGUUGGUUAGUUAUGGGAGGGGGUUUUGGCAGGGGAGGAGGGAGGUUGAGGGUGAUGGGGGUGAUGGAGGAGAUUGGGGAUUGGGGGGGUGA